GCUAGGUGUUUGUUGGCUGGUUUAGCGGUUCUUUGUCUGCUUCAAAUCUAGCAAGUUGCUUGAAACCUUCAUAUCUCAUGGUCUGCAAGAUUUCUAGCAUCGCAUGUGUCAACCAUUCCCUUGUAUCCCCCCUGCAUUUUCCAAUGGGCCUAUGAUGAUUGGUCUAGGGACUCCAUGUUUAUUUGUGAGUCUGCAGGACUGUAACAACUCACGCGGAAUGCAGCGCAAGUUGCCUGAGUUGGUGCAGUGGCUAAUAACUCUGAUCCAAAAUCUGGUUCCAUGGAAAUCUUGUCAAAAUCAUUCAACACAUUGUCUACAGCUAGAUGCAACAACAUUGCAUCCAGAGCACUCAUGGCAUUGUCUCCUGCCCACUGGUCUUGCUGAUAGCUACACGUGACCCACACAUAUGCACUUCCCUGAGCCCUCUCUUCCUUCUAUAAAUCCAUUGCCUGCAAAACACAAACUUCUUCAUCUUAUCAGCAAGCAACAUCACAAUCUACACCACACUUUCAGACUUUCAGUACCAAAGUGAAAUUUAACUAGCCAAAAACACAUCAGACUCAACCAUGAUCCAUCCAAAGAAGCUUUCUCAGCUGGCCAAGAAGUGGCAGAGGAAGGUCUCAGCUGGAGCUGGUGGCCAGCAAGCCAACGAGUGUUGCAGCACAGUCGCUGACAAGGGCCAUUGUGUGGUGUACGCCGUUGACGGGACACGGUUUGAGGUCCCACUGGCAUACCUCGGCACGACGGUCUUCGGCGAACUCCUGAGGAUGUCCAGGGAGGAGUUCGGCUUCACGAGCAUCGAGGGAGGCAGGAUCACUCUGCCCUGCGAUGCCGCAGUUAUGGAGUAUGUCUUGUGCUUGGUAAGGAGAGAUGCCUCUGAGGAGGUCGAGAGGGCGUUCUUGAGCUCCAUUGCUGGGCAUUGCCAUGGCCAAGAUGCAUCGAUGGGACUCACCAAUCAAUUUGCUCUUUGUAUUUAGCUUAGCUAUUG